UUUUUUCUCACCAUGAUGGGAGAAUUAAGGAAGGCUAUUAUAUAUAAAACGUACAAGUCGAAGCCGCAAGUACAGAGCAGGUUGCUGAAGUCUGACCGGGGAGCUCCAGCCUUCUGCUCCAAAACUCCAAGAGACGCAGCUAUCCAGAGCGAGGCCUUUGAGAUCAAGCGGGUAGCUGCAAGAAAAACUGUGAAGAUCCAACUAAGAUUCAAAACUAUGAAUCAAGGAGCAGCGAUUUUAGCUCACGGUCCAUCUGCUAUGUCUACUGCUGCAGUCAGAACCCAUUCUCAGAGAUGGAAAUGUUUGAGCUUGAAAUCAUCAUGUCUUCUCCAUAUUCGUGGCUUCUGUCUUCCAGGUAAAUUUCCCGUUAUCCGCUGUCAAAAGACGUCUCAGUGGGAACCUUCGCCAAAUAUUUAUUCACCGAGAGAGGAUGGAGAUAACCUUGUUACUAAAACCACCAACUUAUUUGAAAACUUGAGCUCCGAGAGCGCGUCUGAGGCACUGGAAGUGAAAAAGGCGGAGGAGCUUUCUGGCACGAAUAAUCAGAAUUUGUUAAAGACUAUGUUUUUUAGAUGGCCAAUGUGGCUUCUGGGUCCUUCUGUCCUCCUUUUGACAGGCAUGAUGCCAACGUUAUGGCUGCCGAUAUCUUCAGUCUUCCAAGGCCCUAACAUCGCCAGCUUGCUUUCAUUGGUUGGGCUGGAUUGCAUCUUUAACUUGGGUGCUACGCUUUUUUUCCUCAUGGCCGAUUCUUGUGCCCAGCCGACAAAAUUGGUGCAGGAGCGGUACAGCAAGGUUCCUUUUAGCUAUCAAUUCUGGAAUGUGGUUGCUGCUAUUGUGGGAGUUACUGUUCCCUCGAUGAUACUCUUUGGAUGUCAAAAGGGCUUGUUCCAACCUCAACUGCCACUCAUCUCAUUCACAGUACUGUUGGGCCCAUACAUGUUGCUUUUGUUUGUGCAAAUUCUGACUGAGAUGCUGACGUGGCAUUGGCAAUCUCCUGUUUGGCUAGUGACACCGGUUGUUUAUGAGGCUUACCGGGUAUUACAGCUGAUGAGGGGUUUGAAGCUUGGGACUGAAAUGAAUGCUCCUGGGUGGAUGUUGCAUACGCUUAGGGGCCUGGUGUGUUGGUGGGUGCUUAUACUUGGUGUGCAGCUCAUGAGGGUUGCUUGGUUCGCUGGUGCCUCUGAUCAAACACGUUGGAGAGGAUCUGCUUCUGCUGAUGGUUAGGUUGUAUAUAGUUAGUCAUGGUUGGAUGGUAAGUUCUCACAAUCAAACAUGUAGAUAACUCAGCAUAUUAUCAACUAUAUUGCGUUGGAACUUGAAAAUAUGUGGUUCAUUGGCAUUCUUCGUGUUUUCUGGUGUAUAUCUGCUGACAUAUUACCAAUACAAUCAAAGAUUCUUGUGCCUUAA